AUGGAGACUCCGCACGCCAACUUUGAGGAGCGAAACUGGUUGUUGCUCUUUGUUUUGGGGUGUAUCAAACUCCCGUUGCUCGUGGAUUGUUUCGUUGUUCAUGUGAGGGAUGCGGGACCGGGCACCGCGAUCGCCGGUCUGGAGGGAAGCGCCGCGUGCGCGCUGGAGCAGCUCAUCUCGCCGCGCUUCGCACAGAGUUUCCUGCGCCCGGACGCGGGUGUUCUGACUCUUUCUGACGCUUUGAACUGCGACUCGGUUCUUCUGAACCCGUUCAGCGUGUACGCGGUCGCGGAGUGUGUGGAUAACGCGUCCGGUUUCAGACACCUCGUCACGAGUCGGUAUGAUGUGCACGUUCACGGGAAGAAGUGCGCGAGGGAACGCAAACGGGAAUCAAAAAAGCUGGACGUGGAGAUUAUAAGUUUAACGGACACGACUUCAAAGUGCCGCGAGGCGAACACUGCUGUUUUCCGGGUGUUUGAUGUGUUACCGGGCAACUGUAACGUAACCGGGACUUCAGCGCUUUAUAUCUCUAAAGGGAUGCUGUUCACUUCCGCUCCGCUGUGUUUCACUGGUGACUCGUUGCUGGAGUUUACGCUGCGCUGCGAAAGAGGCGCACGUAGUGGUCUUGCGCAUGCGCACUGGCGCGUGGGCCGCGGCCCUUUCACGCAAACACACCUGAGGAAGGUACUGCAGCGGGCCGCGGGCUCGAACUCGGGUCUGCUGAGCAGAAGGAAGAGGAAUGUCAACAAUAACCCUCAGUUCCAGCCUCCCAUGUAUCAGGUGUCCGUUCCAGAGAAUCAACCAGCCGGAACUUUUGUUGUUGUUUUAAAAGCAUUUGACCCGGAUGAGGGUGAAGCUGGUAGGCUGGAAUAUUUCUUAGAGGCUAUUUUUGAUAGUCGCUCCAACAAUCUCUUCACUGUCAACUCAUCAAGCGGAGUCGUUUCCACCGUGGAGAUACUAGACAGAGAAACUAAGGACACGCAUGUGUUCAGGGUCACGGCGGUUGAUCGUGGAACGCCUCGACGUACAGCAAUGGCCACUCUCACCGUAACAGUAAGCGAUACGAACGAUCACGACCCUGUAUUUGAGCAGCAGGAUUAUAAAGAGAGCGUACGUGAGAAUCUGGAGAUUGGUUAUGAGGUUCUAACUGUGCGUGCCACGGAUGGCGACGCUCCCGUUAACGGAAACAUCCUUUAUCAUUUGCUGAACAACAACAACGGCACUAACGAUGUUUUCGAGAUCGAUUCCCGGUCUGGCGUUAUUCGCACGCGAGGACUGGUUGACCGCGAAACGGUCGAUUCCUAUGUGCUUCUAGUCGAAGCCAACGACCAGGGACGGGAUCCGGGCCCCCGAAGCGCAACGGCGAGCGUACACAUCAUCGUGGAGGACGAUAACGACAACGCGCCGCAGUUCAGCGAGAAACGCUACAUCGUCCAGGUUCCCGAAGACUUGACGCCCAACACCGAAAUCCUGCAGGUGACGGCGACAGAUCAAGACCGCGGGAACAACGCCGUGGUCCAUUUCAGCAUCAUGAGUGGCAACACAAGGGGCCAGUUUUACAUCGACGCCCAAACGGGAAUAGAUUUGGUGAGUCAGCUGGAUUACGAGAUGAAUAAGGAGUACAACGCUUCGCAUUCGAGCGCCAAGAUGGCGGACGCCCCGCCGCUCUCCAACAUCAGCGGCCUAGUCACAGUGCAAGUACUGGACGUUAACGACAACGCUCCGAUAUUCGUAAGCACUCCGUUCCAAGCUACAGUACUGGAGAACGUUCCAGUUGGAUAUUCCGUCAUUCAUAUUCAAGCCAUAGACGCCGAUGCGGGAGAUAAUUCCCGUUUGGAAUAUCGUCUCACAGAGACCACGCCCAACUUCCCGUUCACCAUCAACAACAGCACCGGCUGGAUUGUCGUAGCAUCGGAACUGGACAGAGAGAGCGUGGACUUCUAUAGCUUCGGAGUGGAGGCGCGAGACCACGGAGCGCCGGCCAUGUCCUCGUCGGCUAGCAUCAGCAUGACUAUUCUAGACGUCAACGACAACAACCCUGAGUUCACGCAAAAGGCCUACUACAUGCGCCUAAACGAGGACGCGUCCAUAGGAACGAGCGUCGUCACCGUGUCCGCCGUCGAUCAGGAUAUUAACAGCGUUGUUACGUAUCAGAUCUCAAGUGGGAAUACAAGAAACAGAUUUUCCAUCACUAGCCAGAGCGGCGGAGGCCUGAUAACCCUCGCUCUACCGCUGGACUACAAGCUGGAAAGACAGUACGUCCUCACCGUAACGGCGUCUGACGGGACACGCUUCGACACCGCUAAGGUUUACGUUAACGUAACAGAUGCUAACACGCACAGGCCAGUUUUCCAGAGUUCGCAUUACACGGUCAACAUCAACGAGGACCGGCCUGUCGGGACGACCGUAGUGAUGAUUAGCGCGACGGACGAGGACACGGGCGAGAACGCUCGAAUCACGUACUUCAUGGAUGACAGCAUCCCGCAGUUUAACAUCGAUUCGGAUAGCGGCGCGGUAACCACGCAGAUGGAGCUGGACUACGAAGAUCAAGUUCCCUACACGCUCGCCAUCACGGCUCGAGACAACGGCAUCCCGCAGAAAUCCGACACUACCUACUUGGAGAUCCUAGUGAAUGAUGUUAACGACAACUCGCCCGUGUUCCUUCGCGACCGCUACUUGGGAUCGGUCAUGGAGGACAUUCCCACCUUCACCAGCGUCCUGCAGGUGUCCCCAUCGACCGACCGAGACUCGGGCCUCAACGGACGCGUCUUCUACACGUUCCAAGGUGGGGAAGACGGCGACGGAGACUUCAUCAUCGAGUCCACAUCGGGGAUAGUACGAACCCUGCGACGUCUUGACCGAGAAAACACGCCUGUUUAUAAUCUCCAAGCCUUCGCGGUGGAUAAAGGUGUUCCUCCGCUCAAGACGCCGGUUGAUAUCCAGGUGACCGUUUUAGAUGUAAACGACAACCCGCCGGUGUUCGAGAAAGACGAGUUUGAUAUCUUCGUGGAGGAGAACAGUCCCAUCGGGCUCGUGGUGGCCCACAUAUCUGCGUCAGACCCAGACGAAGGCAGCAAUGCGCAAAUCAUGUACCAUAUCGUCGAAGGCAACAUCCCUGAGGUCUUCCAACUGGACAUCUUCUCCGGCGAGCUCACCGCUCUGACCGACCUCGACUACGAGACGCGUUCGGAGUAUAUCAUCGUAGUUCAAGCCACGUCUGCGCCUCUGGUCAGCAGAGCCACGGUCCACAUCAAACUCAUCGACAAGAACGACAACAUCCCCGUCCUCAAGAACUUCCAGAUUAUAUUUAACAACUACGUAACCGAUAAGACCAACAGCUUCCCGUCGGGUGUGAUCGGCCGGAUCCCGGCUCACGACCCGGACAUCUCCGAUCAGCUCCACUACAGCUUCCAGGCCGGAAACGAGCUGAAUCUGGUGCUUCUGAACCAGAGCACCGGAGAGAUCCGACUCAGCCGAGCCCUGGACAACAACAGACCGCUGGAGGCGUCCAUGAAGAUCUCCGUCUCGGAUGGCGUUCACUCGGUGUCGGAUCAGUGUCUGCUGCAGGGUCACCAUCAUCAAGGAACGAGGAUGCUCUCCAACAGCAUCACGCUGCGAUUGGCAGACACGUCACAGGAAGCCUUCUCCGCUAGUCCACUAUUGGCUCAGUUCCGGAGGGUGUGGCCCGCGUUCUCUCAGCGUCGCCGUGAGAAGUUGGUGGUCUCAAACAUCCAGGACGACACGGACGUCAGCGCCGGCAAUCCUGAACGGCAGCCUGUCGGUGGCGGGCCCCGGGUCACGGGGGUUCAGGCGUGUGGAGGUGAGCGAUGUGAGGUCUCGUCGCGCUCGGGCCGCUGUGCCGAGGGUGUGUGUAAGAACGGCGGGACGUGUCUCAAUCUGCUGGUGGGAGGCUUCAGGUGCGAGUGUCCUCCCGGAGGCUUUGAGAAGCCCUUCUGCCACAUGAGCUCCAGGAACUUCCCUCCGCAGACCUUCAUCACCUUCAAGGGUCUCCGGCAGCGCUUCCACUUCACGCUCUCGCUGUCGUUUGCGACUCGAGAGCCUGACGGUCUACUGCUGUAUAACGGACGAUUUAACCAGAAACACGACUUCAUCGCUCUGGAGAUCGUUAAUGAACAGAUCCAGCUCACGUUCUCCGCAGGAGAGACGAAGACGACGGUGUCACCCUUCAUCACGGGCGGAGUGAGUGACGGGCGCUGGCACACCGCACACGUGCACUACUACAAUAAGCCCGUCCUGAACCACGCAGGUCUCCCUCAGGGCCCAUCUGAUCAGAAGGUUGUGGUGGUGAUGGUAGACGAUUGCGACAGUUCAAUUGCGCUGCGCUUCGGUCACGUGAUUGGAAACUACUCGUGCUCCGCCCAGGGCAGCCAAUCAGGAUCCAAGAAGUCUCUGGAUCUGACGGGGCCACUGCUGCUGGGCGGCGUUCCCAAACUCCCCGAGGAGUUUCCCGUUCGGAGCCGGCAGUUCAUCGGCUGCAUGAAGGACCUGCGCAUCGACCAGCGGCACAUCGACAUGGCCGGAUUCAUCGCUAACAACGGAACGCUAGCUGGAUGCUCUGCGAAGCGUCAUUUCUGCAUCACUAACCCGUGUCUGAACGGCGGCAGCUGCGUGAAUCUGUGGGGUUCGUUCCGAUGCGACUGUCCUCUGGGAUUCGGAGGACGGAACUGCGAGAAAGUGAUGCCCAACCCGCUGCGUUUCCAUGGUAAUGGCCUGUUGUCGUGGCGGGAUCUGGUCGCCAUGGUAACCGUUCCGUGGCACCUGGAGUUCAUGUUCCGCACGCGACAGCCGACGGCGACGCUGAUUCAGAUCAGUUCAGCGCAACAGCACAACCUCACCAUACAGCUGAGGGAGGGUUACGUGUUGACAUCGGUCCAGCGCGGCGAGGACUCCACCGUGUCUCGUGUUGAUGAUGUCACAGUGAGCGACGGCCAAUGGCAUCAUCUGUUGCUGGAGCUCAGAGACGGGGCGGGCAGCAUAACGGCGGCACUGAGCCUCGACCACGGCCUGUACACGUCGUCUAUGGAUCUGGACUCUAAGCUGAAGGGUGUUAAACUGAAGACUGUGAGUGUCGGCGGAAUCACAGACAGCAGGAAUAAAGUCAUCAGUGGAUUCAGAGGAUGUGUUCAGGGUUUGCGUCUGGGUGACUCCGCCUCGGCUCCCGUGUUUCCCAGCAUGCACCAGGCUGAUGUGGUGAACGUGGAGUCGGGCUGCAGUCUGCCGAACCCCUGCGGGUCGAACCCGUGUCCGGCUCACAGCGACUGCAGCGACGACUGGGACACACAUUCCUGCAGAUGCCACAGCGGUUACUACGGCAACAACUGCAGCGACGCCUGCACUCUGAACCCCUGCGAGCACCAACAGAAGACAAGCUCCGCCCACGGAUACCACGAUACACCUGUAACUGUCCCCAGCAGCUACUUUGGCCAGUACUGCGAGAAAAAGACGGAUCUGCCGUGUCCCCGCGGAUGGUGGGGUGAUAAGUCAUGUGGUCCGUGUAACUGUGACACGGCUAAAGGAUUCGACGCUGACUGUAACAAGACCAGCGGUGCGUGUCGCUGCAAGGACAAUCACUUCCGGCCGGCGGCGAGCGCAGUGUGUCUGCUGUGCGACUGCUACGCCGUGGGCUCGUUCUCGCGCGCGUGUGACCGGGACAGCGGUCAGUGUCUGUGUAAGCCGGGUGUCAUCGGGCGACAGUGUGACCGCUGUGAUAACCCCUUCGCUGAGGUGUCGUCCAGCGGCUGUGAAGUGAUCUACGACAGCUGUCCGCAGGCCAUCGAAGCAGGAAUCUGGUGGCCGCGGACCAAGUUCGAAUCAGCCGUCCUGUUUUACAUGUUACAAACACUUUUAAUUGCAUUCUGUCUGUGCGCAGGGACUGCGAUCCGUCACUGUGACGAGCACAAGGGCUGGCUGUCUCCGAACCUCUUCAACUGCACGUCUGUGAGCUUCAGUGAACUCAAGACACUGUCUGAGCGUUUGGCUCGUAACGCGUCUCUGAUGGAUUCCGCUAACGUCCAGCAGACGGCGACACUGAUGAGUAACGCAACGAAGAACGCGAAACAGUUCUACGGCAGCGACGUGAAGAUCGCGUAUCACCUGACGAGCGCCAUACUGCAGCACGAGAGCUGCCAGCAGGGCUUCAACCUCACCGCCACACAGGACGUCUUGUUCAACGAGCACCUGAUGCACGUGGGCAGCGCUAUCCUGUCGGUGGAAACGCGUGGACACUGGGAGCUCAUCCAGCAGACGGAGGGAGGCACGGCCACACUGCUGCGACAGUUCGAGGAGUAUACGAACACGCUCGCACAAAACAUGAGGAAGACCUACCUGAGCCCCUUCACCAUCGUCACGCCCAACAUCGUCAUCUCCAUCGAUCGUUUGGAGAAGAUGAAUUUCGCUGGCGCUAAACUGCCUCUACCAGCCCCUGCCACGCCCAACCCACUCGACACAGAUACAACUGUCACUCCCCACUACUCCUUCCACACCCCCCCCCAAGAACUAGGCAAAGGUCAGCGGCACCACGGCGAGCCAAUCGCAGAGUCCGGCAGAAACCAGACGGCCAAUCGGAAGAAGCGGCACCCAGACGAGCGCGAGCAGGACGCCAUCGCCAGCGUCAUCAUCUUCCACAGCCUAGCGGCACUGCUGCCGGAGCGAUACGACACCGACAAGAGGAGCCUCAGGGUUCCCAAGCGUCCGGUCAUCAACACUCCUGUGGUCAGUAUAACGGUCCAUGAUAACGAGGAGCUGCUGCAGCACACGCUGGAUAAACCCAUCACGGUGCAGUUCCGUCUGGUGACCACUGAGGAGCGCUCUAAACCCAUCUGUGUGUUCUGGAACCACUCCAUAGUUGCCGGCGGUCCGGGCGGCUGGUCUUCUAAGGGCUGUGAGGUGGUCUUCAGGAACAGCACACACAUCAGCUGCCAGUGCUACCACAUGACCAGCUUCGCUGUGCUCAUGGACAUCUCACGCCGAGAGAACGGAGAGAUCCUGCCGGUGAAGCUGAUCACAUGGAGUUCAGUGGGCGUGACGCUGGGCUUCCUCUUCCUCACCAUCGUCUUCCUCACCUGCCUGCGGGCGGCCAGCAGCAACAAGACCAGCAUCGUCAUCAACGGCUCAGCCGCGCUCUUCACCGCGCACCUCGUCUUCAUCCUGGGCAUCAAUCAAGCUGAUAACCCGUUCCUGUGUACGGUGAUGGCCAUCCUGCUGCACUUCCUCUGGCUCUGCGUCUUCUCCUGGCUCUUCCUGGAGGGGCUGCACGUCUACCGCAUGCUGAGCGAGCUGCGCGACAUCAACUACGGCCCCAUGCGCUUCUACUACCUGAUUGGCUGGGGCGUGCCGGCCUUCAUCACGGGUCUGGCGGUGGGACUGGACCCCGAGGGCUACGGGAACCCGGACUUCUGCUGGCUCUCGCUCUACGACACGCUCGUCUGGAGUCUGGCGGGUCCCGUCGCGUUCGUGCUGUCCAUGAACGUGUUCCUGUACAUCAUGGCGUCGAGAGCCUCGUGUUUGCUCCAGCAGAAGAGCUGUGAGAAGAGAGAUGUUCCGGCGGCGGGUCUGCGGACAGCGUGUGCCGUGUUGCUGCUGGUGACGGUGACGUGUCUGCUGGCGCUGCUGUCGGUCAACAGCGACAUGAUUCUCUUCCACUAUCUGUUCACCGGAUUCUGCUGCGCUCAGGGGCCGUUUAUUUUCUUCUCCCGUGUGGUGUUCAAUAAAGAAGCCAGAGACGCCAUGCACUACUGCUGCGGCAAGAAACGAGCCGAUCACAUGAUCAAAUCCAAACCGUCCGCGUUUCUCUGUAACAGUCAAUUGUGUUCACGGACAGUCUCCUUCGGAGACGAUCUGGACAGCAGUCACCUGAGUCUGAGUGAACACAACACACUCUUCAAAGACAAAGAGCAGAUGGACGAUCACGACUCAGACUCUGACAGUGAUCUCUCAGAGCUGGAGGACGAUCAGAGCGGCUCGUAUGCGUCCACACACUCGUCCGACAGCGAGGAAGACGAGGGCGAGUUCCCGCAGGAGGAAUGCUGGGAGAAUCUGGCCACCAGCGGCCCCAUCAAACCUCACGAUGUGUGGGAGGGUGAGACAGCAGCAGCAGACGAGCGUCUGAGGAUGGAGACACUGUCCAAACCAGAGCACAGAGCAGAGGAUCAUGGGACGGAAAACCUGCUGCUGCUGCUGGCCAGUUUACCAAACACCAGCGCACCGCCGCACAAAGGAAUCCUGAAGAAGAAGCAGCUGUCGCCCAUCGCCGAGAGGAACGCCAUCAAUCGCAUACACAACCAGCUGUCAGGAGACUCCGCCUCCUCACGGGGCCCCUCCUACAGUGAGGGCCGAAGGGGCGGGGCUAGACGGGAUCAUCAGAAUGGGGCGUCCACGAGCGGAAUGAAGAAAAUGCUCGACAACGACUCGUCUGAAUCUGAAUGCUGAUGAGUGACAAGAAGAACAAUCGUCCUGUUUCUGUCAUUUUUCCUACAGUUGAUCUGAUGUGCCAAACGCUGACGAGAAUCUGUCGUUUUCUACAUUUUUGUUUACAUACUUGAAGUGAAGCACUUUUUUAUUUCUUUCGUCCUCUCGUCGCAUCAAAA